AAAGCUUAAAUCCUUUCUUUCUUCACAUCGACAUCGACAUCUUCCUCGAACGUUUCAACCGUUAACAUGCAGACAGCUAACUCACAAGUCAAUGUCUUCCCAGUCUCAGAUAUCAUUGGUGCAUUGCAAAACAUCCUCGCGCCUUCACAAGCAAUCAAUGUAUGUCUAGCGGGUGAUCAUAUAUCCGAUGCUACAUUGACCAUUAGCAGAUGCCAGACCUAGAAACCCCGUACUCCCGAGCCCAAUUCCCCAGUACCAACUGCUCUGUCGUCGAACUUGAAGAUCGGAGCAUCAGAGCCAUCAUCGCCGAACGCCAGCAGCAGUUGGAUGCAGUUUCGCACCAUAUCUCAAGCCUGGAAACAGUCAUGCAUAGUAUCUACGAUCUUCACCGGCAACUUGUCGAAAAGAAGGACAAGAUCACUCAGUCCAAGAAUUUACACAAGAGACUCGGAUCGGCUCUCUGGCGCUUGCCAACUGAAAUCCUAUCCAUAAUUUUUCACUACUGUCUCCCACCAUCGCCAUCGCCAUCGCCGCUAGAAGCCCCCAUGCUAUUGACCGGAAUAUGCCGACGAUGGAGGGAGGUUGCUGUGGGCACACCCGGUUUAUGGUGCUGGCUCACUGUGGAAUCCCAGUACGACUCGGAAGACUGGCGGCGAGAAGCUUUCUGGUGUGACUCAUGGAUCAAGCGAUCACGAGGACUUCCGCUCUCGUUAACACUUCGGUGCUGCUCGGACCAGCUACGACACUUUCUUCAGCCUUACAUCAAUCAAAUCUCGUCUCUCUCCAUCCGUCGUUCCCACACCUACCAACCUGCACAUCUGUUAACAGACCUCCCGGCACUUCGGGAGCUGACCAUAAACAUAUCAAAUGGUGAUACCUGGCCAGCUCUUGCACAAUCGAUCUCGCCACUGUCCACUCUGCACAGUCUCAAGAUAAUGGGGCUGUGGUUUGACCACGAGCACCUAUCUUCUCUCGGCCCUGUAUGGACCUACUUGACAAAUCUUGAGAUCGCAAUAAUUCAAUCGGAUGGAUUCCUCCGCUUGCUCCAACUAUGUCCUAACCUCGCCUCGUUGAUGAUCCGCGCGGGAUUCAGCAGCGUAAAGGCCUUAGAGCCAUUCACGCACCCCAAACUUCAAUCCUUACGCAUCAAUUGUGACCAUGCGGACACAGACGAUUUAUCUCACCUGUUCGAUGCUCUAUCACUCCCCAAUCUACACGUGCUUGAAGCUAGCAAAGUAGAAAUGUGGCCUCAUGAGGCGUUCAAGGCAUUUUUGUCACGGUCAAAUUGUCCCCUGGAGAGCUUAAUUUUCAGCGCCGAGGUGAUUACGGAUGCGCAGCGGGCGGAAUACACUGCCUUUAUUCCUUCCCUCGAAAUAGUACUAGUGCCAUGAUCCCAAGCGUCUGGAUAGUUUGCAAAAGAUUCUAACCUAGUUGUUACACACUGUUUUGGGCUUCACGGACUUUUAUUACUAGCCUCGUACUAGAAUAUUUCUCUUCGCGGCUCCAAGUAUUACCAUUUUUCACAUCCGCGACAACACUCUAUAGAUAUCAGCCAACACUUGCUUCGAAGUCUCAACUACUACGGCCACCGU